ACUUCACUCUCUUUCCCUCUGCACAUUGUUGUUGUUAUUGUUGUGGUUUUUAUGUUUGGUUGCAUAUUCCUCCCCGCCAGGUGUGCAUCUUCACGCUUGCCAGAUUCGAAUUCGGAUCGAAGGCGGUGUACGAUCGAUCAGUGGCAGAAGUGCGCACAACGGGUUUUACAUACACUUGAUAUUCCAACGCAACCUCGCGCCAGAAGUGGCGCAUUCCCAAAAAGAGAACUACGUUACGGUUGUGCGUUGGUCGUGCGUGUCCAUGAAACCGUACCGGACGGUUGUUGAGACAGGAAAACAUUGAAAACAAAACCCCAACCUCUUCAUAAUUCAUCAAAAACGGGAAAAAAAACAAACUCCUACCUUCUGAAACUCGGCAGUCGAACGGCAGGGCUUUAAAGAGCCCUUGAAUUACCACCUUUUUCCAGCUGCUGCAAUACGCCACUCUUCUCGGUUACCUUCCUCCUAGCGCCACACCGUGUGUGUCCGUGCUCCAACCGAAGCUCGACCAGCAUCACCAUCACCAUCAUCAUCAUCAUCGUCGUCGUCGUCGUCGUCGUCGUAAUCGUUUAGCUUCAUUACAAUAAGUUGCACCGUUCGCACGGUGGCACAUUGCGCCGUGUGUUCUUGGCCUAAUCACAGCCGUUUGCGUUAGCGACGAGAGCCGGCGGUCGCGGUUCGGUGAUAAGUGAAGAGAAAAAUAAUCACAACACAAACCACUAGCCACAACCUCCCACAAUCAAAAGCGCGCGCCGUACGAUCACAUUCUGCCUUGAUUGACGGGGAGGGCAAAGUCCUCCGUGCUCGUGGUGUGCCAUUUUGCGUGCAACUGUGAGCUUCGAAAGUGCGGAAAACGGUGCCUUAAAAGACCGGUUGUGUUAAAGUAACGAGGAGACCAAACGGUUUCGCGGAAAAAGGAUGUACCAUCAGUUCCUGGAGCUGCGCAUGCUGUGGUUCGUCCUGCUCGGGCUAUGGCUCACCAGGCUAAGUCCCGUGCUGGCGUCGGGCUUCGGCAAGUGCCCAAACUAUCCUUCAAUGCCAAAGUUCAACAUGACAAAGUUUCUCGGCAAGUGGUACGAGGUGGAGCGAUCGUUCUAUCUGCCCGAGCUGGCCUCCGGCUGCACGACGAUGACCUUUGAAAAUACCACCCAGCGGGACGAGGCGGGCCGCAGCCAGCUGGAAAUUUCGAUCAAAUCCGUCAAUCAGUGGACGGGAAACCCUUCAAUAAGCAUCGGCGAAGCACUACCGGAGAGUGAAACGUCGUCCAUCAUGAACGUGCAGCUUCAGUCACGCCUCCCGACCGCAAUCGCCCGGUUACUGCCCGGAUCCGGCCGGUACCAGGUGCUCUACACCAACUACGACAAUUUCGCGAUCCUGUGGUCGUGUACGAGCUUCGUGGCGGUGCAUGCCGAUCAAAUUUGGCUCCUCGGGCGCGAGCGGGACUACUCGACGGAAAUCAGGAAAAAGAUCUACAACGCCCUGGAGCAGUUGAGCCUCGAUCCGGACCGUCUGUUUAUUGCCAAGAAUAAAAAUUGCCCGACAACGCUGUAGGUUCCCUACGGUGAGAAGAGACACAACGACAACGACGGACCGCAGGACGCAAGAUGUGGAGUUGGCGAAAAAUCUGUGAUAUUACAAAAAAAAAAAGGAAAACAGAAGACGAUCGGUUAGGGUUUAGGGUUUUUUUGUGGUGAGUCAUGCCGAGCCAUAUAUGUAUGAGUAAAUGUUCGGAUUCGCGGACGGCAAGAGGAACUGGAAUGAAAUAAAACGGAACACCCAU